AUGUCAUCCUCUGAAUCGCCCUUCCAAAUCAACGUCCCCGACGAGAAACUCGCCACCCUACAUGCUAAACUCGAACUCGCCACUUUCCCAGACGAACUAGAAGACGCCGGGUGGAAGUAUGGAGCACCUCUAGCGGAUAUUAAGCGACUCACGGAAAGGUGGAGAAACGAGUACGACUGGCGCAAGCAUGAAAAGGAAUUAAAUCAAGAGCUCCCAAUGUUUACCCGCGAUAUUGACGUGGAUGGUUUUGGCACGCUGAACAUUCACUACGUUCACAAGAAGAGCGAAGCUGUUGACGCUAUUCCGCUGUUGUUUUGUCACGGAUGGCCUGGAGGUUUCUUGGAAGUCAGGAAGAUUUUGCCUCUUCUGACAGCGUCGUCCCCUGAACAUCCUAGCUUCCAUGUUGUUGCGCUUAGCUUGCCUGGUUUUGGCUUUUCGGAGGCUCCUCAUACCCAAGGUUUUGCUCUUGACCAAUAUGCUGAGGUGGCUCACAAACUCAUGCUUGCUCUCGGGUACAACGAGUAUGUUACCCAGGGAGGUGACUGGGGUGGCCUCAUCACUCGGAAAAUGGCCUCUGUGUAUGGUGGGAAGUAUCACAAGGCGUGGCACACCAACAUGCCAAUUGCCGAACCACCGAGCUGGAAAUCGCCCCUGUCUUUCUUAUCAUUCCUGCUAACCCCUUGGUCCGCAGAGGAGAAAGCAGGUAUUGAGCGCACCGCGUUGUUCCACUCAAAAGGGCGUGGCUACUUUGAGGAGCAAAGCACGCAGCCGCAGACACUCGGUUACAGUCUUGCCGAUACCCCUGUUGGUCUGCUUGGUUGGAUUUACGAAAAACUGGUCUGUUGGACCGACAAUUACCAAUGGUCUGAUGACGAAGUGCUAACGUGGAUCUCAUUGUACUGGUUCUCUCGUGCCGGGCCCGCUGCCUCCGUUCGCAUUUACUUCGAGUUGGCUGGCAGUUUCGAGGAUUUAGGCCCCUACCCCACUAUUCCUAUGGGAGCGUCGUAUUUCCCCAAGGAGCUCGUAAUUCUACCUGCAGCGUGGCUGCGCAGGUCGAACAAAGUCGUUUUGGAGUCCCAUCAUAAGACAGGAGGCCAUUUUGCUGCCACUGAACGGCCAGAGGAGCUUGUUCAAGAUGUGCGGAAGAUGUUCGCAAAGGGGAGCCCUGCGUUCGGAAUUGUUCCCGGAAGAAGUGGAUACGCUUAA